AGGGAAAUCUCGCGCCCACCCCUGUUCUCUGUUUACAAUUACACACAACAUUUUGUUCAAAUUCUCCUCCACUGCCAAACCUCACCCCAUCGCCACAGAUCGCCACAUCUACAUCGUCGAUGAUCCUCCUCCUUCUCCUCCGCCUGUGCCUCCGCUGAAUCCGAGAAGAAAGUCGAGAUCUGAAUCUGAUUUGAGUCCUAGGCCGAGAUCUGACCGUCGUGAGCGAUCCACAGCGACACAAUGGCUUCCAAAUCCUACAACAAGAUCAUCGAUAUCUACGACGACCUCAUCCUUCAGGUUGGACUUGUUGUGUAUGAUUCACAAGUUCCGAUUGGUGCCACUCCUGAAUAUAUGGCUGGUUAUUACAUGUUGCAAAGUGCAAGCUCUUUUUUGCCUGUGAUGGCCCUUGCUCCUCAAGAGAAAGAAAGGACUGUUGAUAUGGCGGCUGCUCCUGGUGGUAAAACAACCUACGUUGCUGCUCUUAUGAAAACAGUGAAACACAGGAGAGGAAGGGCUUUGUUACGCUUUAGGAAAUUUGUUAGUUCAGGGAAUUUGUCAGAGGUUAUCACAAAUAAAGUGUUCGUGCCUCUCUUUUUCAACAUGUUAUUUAAUGUUCAACAUGGAAAGGCAGAAAAUAUAAGGAGUGGAUGUUUGGAGGCUCUUGCAUCUAUUUCUGGUAAUAUGGAAUGGAAGUCGUACUAUGCAUUUCUCAUGAGAUGCUUCCGAGAGUUGACCCUGAAAUCAGACAAGCAGAAGGUCUUAAUGCGGCUUGUCUGCGCAGUUCUGGACCACUUUCAUUUUAUGGAAACUCAUUUUUGUCAAGAAUCCAAUGAUUCUGUUGUUGAUGUAUCAAAAGCUGGCACCACUGCAUUGACUUCAUCUGUGUUGCACACAUAUACGAGUUCUGCUGAGGUUUCUGAGAUACAAUCAUGUCUCCAUAAAACAGUGCUUCCUAAGAUACAGAAAUUGUUGACGUCUGAUUCUGAUAAUGUCAAUGUCAAUAUCAGUCUUGUUGCACUGAAACUGCUAAAGUUGCUUCCUGAUAAUGUCAUGGAAUUACAUCUUCCAAGUAUUGUCCAUCGCAUUUCAAACUUCCUCAAAAAUCGUUUGGAAAGUAUACGUGAUGAAGCUAGGACUGCUUUGACUGUCUGUUUGAAGGAGCUGGGGUUGGAGUACCUGCAGUUCAUUGUCAAAGUCUUGAGAGCCACCUUAAAACGAGGAUAUGAGUUGCAUGUAUUGGGAUAUACUCUUAAUUUUAGUGGGAAGUUGGAUUAUUGUUUGGAAGAACUUCUUUCUGUGGUGGAGAAUGAUAUUUUUGGAGAUGUUUAUGAGGAAAAGGAAAUGGAAAAGAUUGCUUCAAAAAUGAAAGAGACUAGAAAGCGCAAGUCUUUCGAAACCCUGAAAUUAAUUGCCCAAAACAUCACAUUCAAAACGCAUGCCUUGAAGUUGCUUUCACCUGUUACAACUUGUCUGCAGAAGCAUUUAAUCCCAAAAAUGAAAUCGAAAUUGGAAACUAUGUUAAACAACAUAGCUGCUGGUAUUGAGUGCAAUCCAUCAGUUAAUCAGACAGACCUCUUUAUCUUUUUAUAUGGCCUCAUAGAAGAUGGCAUUACCCAUGAAACUCGUGCAAAGGCCAAUCAGCAAUCUGGAGAUGAGGCAAGCUGCAAAACUAUUACAUCAGGCAGGUUAAUUGACUCUGGCUCACAAUCUUCACAUCUUAUUACAGUGUUUGCUCUUGGGGUGCUGCACAAUUCCAUGAAGAAUACUAAACUUAACAAAAAGGACGAACAACUGUUAUCAAUGUUGGAUCCUUUUGUAAGAUUGCUCACUGACUGCUUGACUGCCAAAUACGAAGAUAUCAUUUCUGCAGCGCUCAGGUGCCUUGCUCCACUGGUGAGGCUGCCUCUACCAUCUCUUGAAUCACAAGCUGACAAGAUAAAGACCUCUCUGUUGGUUAUAGCUCAAGGCUCUGUAAAUGCUGGCAGCCCUGUGAUGCAAUCAUGUCUAAGUUUGCUAACAGUGCUUCUGCGGAGCACUAGGAUUACGCUUUCCACAGAUCAAUUGCAUAUGGUCUUGGGAUUAUUGGUUGAAGUAAUGAGGAAAGGCUUUCAAAAACAUGUCAAUGGUGUGUUGCCAGUGAUGAGAAGCAUUUUCCAGUCUGCUAUCAAUGUUCUUACAAAUGGACAGCUAGAUCUUUCUGUUGAAGCUACAGUUCCCUUUUGGAAAGAGGCAUAUUACUCACUAGUCUUGUUGGAGAAGAUACUGCAUCAGUUCCAUGAUUUGUUCUUAGCAAAGGAUCUUGAGGAUAUAUGGGAAAUGAUUUCAGAGCUUCUGUUGCACCCGCAUAUGUGGUUACGUGAUGUAUCGAACCGCCUGGUGGCCCUAUACUUUGCCUCAGUAACUGAGGCCAACAGAGAAAACCAUGAAAAGUCACUAGAAACAGUUUUUCUAAUGAGACCAAGUAGACUUUUUCUCAUAGCUGCAUCUCUCUGCUGCCAAUUGAAGGCCCCACUAAUUGACAACACUGCCAGCACCAUAGUUACACAAAACCUCAGCUUCACAAUUUGUGGAAUACAUUCUUUGUUAGUACCAAAGAAAUGGAUUGAUGGCCAAAGUUUUGGGUAUACCCUUGAACACGAUGAGGAAGGUUGUUUCCUCAAAGCUUUUCAAAAGCUUGACUCACGAAAAGGAAACUAG